GGACACGCUUUUACAGAAGAUGAAUAAAUAAAUAAAUUGACCAUACGUCCAUUCAUUUAAGCUUCGUGGGAUUUGAUUGUGAAGGUGAAGGUGAAGGUGAGGGAACAUUUGAUAAACAGAGAGAGAGAGAGAGAGAAAAGAAAGAACGAGAAAAUGGAAAGGGUGUUGUCAGUAGAUGAAAUAUCGGAACAGUAUUGGGUGGCAGCGAGGAAUGAAUCGUGCAAGUCAAAGUCAAAGAUGAAUCGGAGCGAUUCUGAGUGGGCCUUUCAGCAGUUUCUAAAGGAAGCAGCUUCUUCUUCUUCAUCCUCUUCUUCAUCAUCAUCCAUUGAUGUCAAACUCAAGAAGGAUCCAAGCGCCAACCACCCUGUAACUGUUGAUUCUGAGGACUACCACGCUAUUCUCAAGACCAAGCUCAAUCUCGCUUGCGCCGCCGUUGCUUUGACUCGGGGAUCUUUGGUCAAAUCUCAAGACCCUGACAGUGGAUCACAGGCAUCUAAUCCUUCUGAAGUUGGAUCUCAGGCUACCUUAAAAGGAUCUGGCCCUUCUGGAAAUGAUCCAUCGAAAGUUCAAAAUAAAGAUGUCAAAUUACCACUUGGGGUUCCUUCCUCACCUACCAUGCAAAAGAAUCCUGCUGUUGUGAUGAUGCCAACAUUAAGUGGGUCAUCAAAAGAACAGUCAGAUGACGAGGAAGCUGAGGGAGAGAUUAACAUGACUGACAACAUGAACCCUGCAGAUGUAAAACGAGUAAGGAGGAUGCUUUCUAAUAGGGAGUCUGCCAGACGCUCAAGAAGAAGAAAGCAGGCUCAUUUAAGUGAGCUGGAGACACAGGUCUCUCAAUUAAGAGGCGAGAAUUCUUCAUUGUUAAAGCGCUUGACUGAUGUGAGCCAGGAGUAUAAUAAUGCUGCUGUUGACAACAGAGUAUUGAAAGCUGAUGUUGAAACAUUAAGAGCAAAGGUGAAGAUGGCUGAAGAGACGGUGAAAAGAAUUACUGGGUUGAACCCAAUGUUUCAUGGCAUGACUGAGAUGUCAAUGUCAUCAAUGGGAAUGGCAUUAUAUGAUGGAAGCCCAUCUGAGACAUCAGCUGAUGCAGCUGUUCCUGUCCAAGAAGACCCAAAUCAUCACCUUUCUCAACCCACUUCAAAUAACAAUGGCAUUGAAAGUGUGCAGCACAAGAACACUUCCCUACGCCGGGUUGCUAGCUUGGAACAUCUUCAGAAGCGGAUUCGUGGUGGAGCAGAUUCACGUGCACCUGCUUCUAAUGGAGACCAAUAACGUAGUAGCUAAGUUACAAUAUGAUUUCACGAGGAAAUUAUUCUAAAACUCUCUUAUUUCUACCAUUUGUAAGUAAGGGCCUAUUCUUGUUGACUAUAUUGUAAAUCAAUUUGAUGUUUGUUAAUCUUAUUGAGCAUAUUCUGAUGGAUAAUCAAUCCUAUUUUUAAAUUUAGUUUUUGUGUUGAUAUCCUCAAAUGGCUGAUGUUUAGGUAGAUAUGAUGGGGACAGAGGAUUGUUGGUGGGUUCAGUUCUAUCCAAAUUGGAUAUUGACAUUUUGUGUUAUUACCGUGUUCAAUAGGUUCAUCAAUGCAAUCAUAAUGUAGUAUCUAUUCUGAGGUUGUCACGCAUACCAAUCUUAUACGAAUUCGAUUGUUAUAUUUAUUUU